UUCUUCCUUCUCCUCUCCUCUCCUGCUUUCCUCCUCUCCUCUCCUUCCCCAUCUUCCUCUCCUCUCCUCUCCUCUCCUCUCUUCCUCUCCUUCAUUCUCCUCUCCUCCUCUCCUCUCCUAAUAAACCUACAAAUGCUGGUUGCACACUAAUUUCUUUAAGUAACUGAUAGAUGGCGAUAUGCACAAGUAUGCAAAACAUCCAGAAGUAGAAGAACAAGAAAAUGUGGUUUCUGUGAGUUCCUGUAAAUGAAAGCUGUGCUGCUGACUGUGAAAUCGCAGAUCUUACACAGAGCCGUCACCGUCACCCAAGGAAAAAAAAUGAACUCAGUUGUAACAAAAAACACAACCAGGAUUUUGAGUUACUUGAAGGGUUAUCCACAGGAGAGAUCAUUACACCAUGCCAUCAAGAACAAAAAUACUAAUGUUUAUUACUUCGACAAGAGUACAUGGGAGUCACAUGACUGUAUGAUGCAGGAGCCUCUCAACACUAAUGAUCCAGAGGUAUUUAACAUCAUUCAGAAGGAGAAGAGGAGACAGACAUAUAGUUUAUCACUUACUGCAUCUGAGAACUUUACCAGUCGUGCUGUUUUAGAGGUCCUGAGCUCAUGCAUGAACAAUAAAAUUGCUCCACAAAGCUUUCGAUACUCUGGUGACGCAGACAGUGUGGAUGAACUGGAGCAUCUCUGUCAGCAAAGAGCAUUGAAGGUUUAUGGACUUGAUCCAGAAAAAUGGGGUGUAAAUGUGCAGCCUUAUUCUGGAUCAUUUGCCAACUUUGCUGUGUACACAUCAGUAGUGGAGCCUGAUGGGAGGAUCAUGGGUCUUGAUCCCUGUGAUGGUGGCCACCAGAGCCAUGGAUUUAUAAUGGACAAAGAGAAAUUCUCUGCCACCUCUAUUUUCUUUAAAUCAAUGUCAUACAAGGUCAACCAAGAGACUGGUUACAUUGAUUACGACCAACUAGAGGAAAAAGCUCGUUUAUUCAAGCCAAAACUAAUCAUUGCAGGUACCACCUCCUACUCGCGUAACCUGGAUUAUAGUCGUCUGCGCAACAUAGCAGAUGAGAAUGGGGCUUACCUGCUGGGUGACAUGGCACACAUUAGUGGACUUGUUGCAGCUGGAUUGGUUCCAUCCCCCUUUGAUUACUGUGAUAUUGUUUCGACCUCCACCUAUAAGACCCUGAGAGGCUGCAGAGCUGGGGCCAUAUUUUACAGGAAAGGUGUACGCAGUGCGGAUGCAAAAACAGGAAGGGAAACUCUUUACAACCUGGAGAGUUUGAUCUGUGAAGCUGUGUUUCCCAGGCUGCAGGGAGGACGUCACCACCAUUCCAUUGCAGGACUGGCUGUAGCAUUGAAGCAGGCAAUGACUCCAGAAUUCAAGGCUUACCAGGUACAAAUGCUGGCAAAUUGCAGGACUUUAGCAUCUUCUUUAAUAGAAAAGGGCUACAAAAUUGUCACAGGUGGUACGGAUACUCACCUUUUCUUGCUAGACCUUCAUCCUAAUGGAAUUGAUGGAGUGAGGGCAGUGAAGGUGCUACAGGACUGCGCUAUUGGCUGUAACAAGAGCCCUUGCCCAGGUGACAGUGCAUUGCACCCCUUUGGCCUCCGUUUAGGCACACCAGCCCUCACAUCACGAGGUUUAGUGGAGGAAGAUUUCUGCCAAGUGGCAGAAUUACUUCACAGAAGCAUUCAGUUGGCUGUGGAGAUCCAGAUGAACAUGAACCCCAAAUCCAGUUUCAAGGAGUUCAAAGAAACUCUUGCUCAGGAUAAAAACUAUCAAAACAGAGUACGAGAAAUCCGAGAUGAGGUUGAGGCUUUUGCAGGAAGAUUCCCCAUGCCUGGAAUGCCUGAGCUAUGAGCCUAAUCCUCAUUCUCAGAAUAUUUGGAGAAUAUCGAAUCUUGAACAGGGUAUCAUCUGGCAGAAGGUACCGGAGCAUCCAUGGCACCACCACCAGACUCGGCAACAGUUACUUCACUGAGGCAGUUAGAUUACUCAACACCAUGCUGCCUUCCAAUGCUCACCUAUACUAUUCAGACACCUAAGCCAAUCACUCAAUACCACUGUAUUGUAACCAAUCACAUUUGUAACAUUUCUUACUUACUUACUUAUGUACUUAUUUACAUACUUACUUACUGACAUACUAACUUACUUACAUACCUACUUACGUACUAACUUACUUACGUACCUACUCACGUAUGCACUUACUUUCAUACUUACGUAGUUACUUACGUACUUACGUACAUACUUACCUACGUACUUACAUUCUUACUUAUGUACUUACGUAGUUACUUACAUACUUACUUACUAACUAACUAACUAACUAACUAACUACUGUCUGUUCAUCCCACCUACUACUCUAACUAACUACUAACUACUCUGUUCCUAUUCCUUGUAUUACCAUUCUGCAGUGUCUCUUGCUUGGUCAUGUCCCCACAACAAUCCAGUCACUUUUCUUUCACCAAAGCUUAAACAUUUUUAAACAUGAUUACAACAUAACUGCAAAGUUCACAGACUUAAUCUGCCAAAAUUUUAAGAUGAUUUAGAGACAGUUACUGAUUUAGACACAACUUGAUUUUAGAAUUUCUUCAUGUUUCAUAACCGUGCCCUAUUAGGAUGGCUUUGUGUGAUGGGUUGUGUAGUGGUCAUGCAGUUACCAUGAUGUUUUUAUAUGAGGUGCUGGUAAUCAAAAAAGGGAAUUCUAACAAGAAUUCAUCUCAAGUGGUGUGUUCACAUUUUGAUCUAACAUUAUAACACUAGUAAUUGUGGUUCUAUGCACUGUGCUGAUCAGUCAUCACCAGGCCUGGGCAUUUGCGGCUAGCAAGCUUUUAGGCUGAGUGGUUUUGGGCCAGAUUUGACUCUGAGCCAGGAUGCCAUGUUGCUAACAUUGAUAUUGCCAUGCAGGAGAUGUCUAAGUCUGACACAGCCGUGCGCACCUAGCAGCUGCCCAUCCUCAACUUCUGAGAGGUUCAGACACUGACUGCCUGAUUAAUGCCUAUAUACUCGGUAUAUUGUGAACUAUGGGGCAAUCCAAUCCAAGCACUGAAAAACAAGUUGAACUUGAUGCCAGCAACAAGUCUCAUCUUCCUUACAGCUCAUUUUUAGAGACAUUUUUAGCUUAUGUCAGAACUACCCUUAAGAUAUACUUCAAAUGUGAAGAAAGCUGUUGAAGAAAAAACAUUUCAGACAUUUGACCUUGCUGUGACCUUAACACUGUUUGGAUCAGUUGCAAAAUCAGUUCAUCUGCUGGUUACAAUGAUAAUUCCAUAUAAAUCCUACAAACAUUCAACCACUUGUUCUUGGAAUACCAUGCUAACGAGACUCUCGGAUGGCUGGACGGACAACCCAAAACCAUAAUGCCUCCCCUACUCAGUGGUGGAGGCAUAAAACGUUAAUGUUUGUUGCAGGAAAACUACUCCAAAACAAUGAGCAGUAAAUUAACAGGUUCAGUUAUAAACAAUGCAGGACCUCAGUAUCUGUACUCAAGUAUUAUUUUGGCAUAUUUUUAAUUUACUUGAGUAUUAUUGAAAUUGAAUACUCUUAACUCUUAACUCAUGUUCAAAAGUAAUUAUCAUAUGCCUGUCAUCAAUGAAGUGAUUCUGAUUAACCCCAAAUAAAGAUCAGCUGUUUCUGUAGGAUUUUCUUGACAUAUUCUUGGUUUCAUAACAAGCAUGUACGGGAUAUCACUGUUGAAAGGUAUUCAUCAGGAGUAAUCAACAGUAAAUGUACCAUGGAACACUGUGAAGGUCAUCAUUAACAAGUGGAGAAAAUGGGGCACCACAGGGACAUUACCAAAAACAGGACGUCCCUCCAAAACAGACAAAAUGACAAAGAAAAAAAAAGUUUGCUAAGAGACCUACAGCA